GAGUAUGUGAAGAACUUGAACUGGGACGUCCCGCCUCCGGGGCAGCCCGUGGAGUGCGAGCCCGGCGAUGGCUGCAAGAAGCCCUGCCCUCCGCCUCCGCCACCGCCGGUGCUCCCGCGUUUCGGCCCCUUCGGGCGCUUUCCUUUCUCCUUUCAGCAGCUGCCGAACGUCGAGGAGGCCCCGGGCAGCAAGACGUGCUACCCCAACGGCCACUCCUUGACCUUCAAGGUCACCGCGCCUGCAUGGAUGUUCUGGGCACAGACGAAGACCACCUGUCGUGCCUUUCGGGAGACCUGCUGUGCCGAGGCAUCCACCAGGCGGAAACCGGAGGACAUCUUCGCGGAGAGCUGUGCGACGAAAGAGAUGUGCAAGCCUCAAGAGAGCUGCGACCAGAUGGAGGGCAGACCGGGCAUCUGCAAGUACCAGGUGCUGGAGCUGAACGGCGACUAUGACGACAAGCAGGAGAACGAAGACAAGCAGGAGGAGGCCAUGAAGCAGGCCGAGGAGCAGGCGAGCAGAAUCAGGAACGCGAGGAAGAGAGGCAGGAGGCUGAAGAUGCUGGCGAGGAGCCGGAGGAGCAGUCCGACAUGA